AUGAGUGAAGAAGGCAUUCCAACAAUCUUGAUAGAUUUGAAGCGCUUGAUCAUGGCGUGUAUGCUACUCCAUUGUCAGGCAGUCAAAACCAGCGAUAUAAUUGGGUUACUCUGCAAAAUCUUGCUCACUUCAGUCAAAUCUAGUCGAGGGCCUUCUUGGCUGAUACCAAUGCCAUUUUUGAGAUGUGCUUAUCAAUCUACUGACGUACAACAUCACGAAGAUGCUGCCUAUGAGCACUGCGGUCGGUUCAGAUAUCGGCUCUUAGGAAAUACUAAUCGGCGUUGCGGAGAGAGUAUUCUAGAUACCAUUCAAGUCGCCGAGUCGAAUACGAUAUCGCAAUCAAAACAGACGGCCGAUUUUUUCACAGAUGCAGCAUUGAAUUUCUUGAGAGGCUAA